CUGCCGAGUGCAAGUGUUUCGUCUAAGUGGAGUAAGAAUUGCUUCAUUGCUGGGUCACUGAAAUUGAAGAAGAAGAAAUGUCAAAAAAACGUGGACUUAGUGCUGAAGAGAAGAAGAUUAGGAUGCUUGAGAUAUUCCAUCAGAGCAAGGAUUUUUUCCAAUUGAAGGAGUUAGAGAAAAUAGCACCAAAAGAGAAGGGCAUUACAAUGCAGUCUGUAAAAGAAGUAUUACAAAGUUUGGUUGAUGACCACCUUGUUGAUUCAGAGAAGAUAGGAACGUCAGUUUAUUUCUGGUCUUUUCCAAGUAAAGCAAGGACUGCAAAGAAAAGAAAAUUGAACGAGUUACAGUGUCAACUUGAUGAAAGUGUAAAAAAGUUGAAGAAAACUGAAGAAGCCAUUGUUAUUGAAUCAGUUGGACGUGAGUGUACUGAACAGAGAAAAGAAACACUCGAACUUUUGGAAAACAUGAAGAAGGAAGAGGAGAAACUUAAGAAAGAACUUCAGAAGUAUAGAGAUUCAGAUCCAGAGUACAUAGCUCAGUUAAAGACUGAUAAUGAGAAUCUUAAAACAGCAAUCAACAGAUGGACAGAAAACAUUUACAUUCUAAAAUCAUACAUAAAGAACACAUUUCAAAUGGAAAAUGAAGUGAUCGAUCAAAGUUUUGGGAUACCAGCAGAUUUGGAUUACAUUAAUUAAAUAAAAUAAUAACACUGACUGCUUUAUUUGGAUGAAUAAAGAAUAGAUUGUUAAUAGUUUAUUUAGAAUAAUCCUUAAAAUACAUAAUGCAUUUAUAUAAUGUUUGGCCAUGUAGG